AUGGAAAAGUUAACAGCUUUUCAGCUAAAUAAUCCUCGAAAGUUAUACUUAUUGGCGAAAAAACUCGAUGAGCGACGGUAUUUCGAAGUUUUCUUGCAUGAUUCCCAAGCGAAGGUUUUACACUAUAUUCUUUCAGCUUCCUCUUAUGAUAUAUGGUAUAAUUUUCUCGAGGGUAACUGUGUUCUCAAGUAUUUCAAAAAUGAGGAUAUAGAUCUUGAAGAUGCCGUUGAAGAAGGAAACCAGGCUAUCAAAAUGCUAGCUUUGCAUAUACGAUAUUUGCUUUGGGAAAAGGCAGUAGAUUACUAUUAUAACUCUGACAGCUUGGACGGCUAUUACAUUGAAGAAGUCUCUGAUGACUAUGAGCUCAUUGACCAAUUGGAUGAUCUUAGUGAUGAUCGAAAAGAAAACAGCGAGCAAAAGAUAAUCGAGACUACAUCGCAAGCAGUACGGGAAGAAGAAGAAAAUUACGAUGAUGAUGAUGAUGAUGAUGAUGAAGAAGAAGAAGGCGAGGAAUCACAUCUGAAGCAACAAAAUGUUCCAGCUUCUGAAGGAAAACAAGAUAAUACGGAAAUCAAAUAUACUGAAGAAAACCAAGUAAUUUUAGAGAUACCGACUUCAAUUUUUAAAAGUGAGAGUGAGCUGCAUGUCAAUCAAGUUUCGAGAACUGAUUUUGAACAACCUAAUAAUGAGGUUGCGAUGAAUGAUCAAGAGGCACUAAUAAAAGAAUUCAACAAAGUCUACCACAGUUUUGAAUACGAUCGUGAAACGCUCAUCAAGCGUCGGAAAUUGGAGAAAAGUGACAUGAAAUUGGAAGAAUCGCAAACUAUAACGGAAAAGGAUGCUGAUUCAUCCUCUAACAAUAUGAGCAUCAAUUUGGGCCCCGCUUCAACUUCAUUGCAGCAUUUGUUGGAAACUAUUCAACAGAACAGAGAUGAAAUUUCUCUUAAUGACUUUGAAUUGCGAAAUCUCUUCAUGGAUGUCAGAAAAAGUCGGGGAAAGUGGGCAAGUGAUGAAAGGGUUGGUCAGGAAGCACUUUAUGAAGCUUGUGAGAAAGUUGUUAUGGAACUACGAGGUUAUACAGAACACUCGACUCCAUUUUUGAACAAAGUAUCGAAACGGGAGGCGCCUAAUUAUGGUCUCAUUAUUAAAAAGCCUAUGGAUCUUAAUACUGUAAUGAAAAAACUUAGAGGCUUGAGUUACAAUUCAAAGAAAGAGUUUGUAGAUGACCUUAUGUUGAUUUGGUCAAACUGCUUGACAUAUAACGCAGAUCCCAAGCAUUUCCUUAGAGCUCAUGCCAUUGCAAUGCAAAAGAAGACCAUCAAAUUAAUACCAAAAAUACCGGACGUUACGAUCAAAAAUAGGACCGAGUUAGAGAAGGAAGAAGAAAAUGGCGAGCUAGAAAGUAGAAACGAUUCUCCUGACCCUGUUUCAGGUAAAAGUUACAAAAAAGGAAGAAAAAGGGCCAAAGAGCAAGAUCAGGUAGUAAAAUCAGAGCCUGAAGAACCUUCGGAAACUCCAGAACCCGUGCAGUCAGCUGUUGGAUCCAAAACUAUUCAAAGUACACUGGCUGCUGACUCUGCGGCUGUAGAUCAAAUUGAAGAGGACGAAGAUGACGAUGAAGACAAUAAUGAUGCCGCUGACAAUGAUGAAGAAGAGGAAGAGGAAGAGUUUGAUCCCGAAUUACAGGCAUGGAAGACAUUAACCGCAAAAUCUAGAGCUGAGUACUGUGCUCAAAGGUCACAGUUGUUUGACGCAUCAUCAAAGUUGAAUAUGAGCGCACCUGCAAUUUUACGAGGAUCGAGGGCCAUGAACAAUUUUAGCCACUACUUAGCUAAUCAGGAAGUUGUUCCAAAGAGUGGAAAUUUAAUAGAAGGAGAGGAACCUUAUUUAUUGGAACAUGAUAUUACUGGAGGCGUCCCUGGUCUUUUGUAUAGAGGAGUUGAAGAAGAUGAAGAAGAUAGGAGAGAGCAAAAGUUGAUUGAUUUUGACCUAGGGCAACUGAGAAGGAAACAUUCAAGCUUCGUUUUGCCUACCGACUCAGGUUUGAAUAAGUUAUACUUUGAAAACAUUACAGAAAUUCAAGAGAUUAGAAGGAUAUGCUUCAAAAUCUCGUUAAUAAGACAAAUGCAAACCCAGCAGUUCGUUCAUCAUACUCAAAUGAAGCAGCCAGAGAUUGAACCAAUAAAAGAAGUCGACGUAGAUCCUAUAUCGCGGCUUGCAAACCAUGAUCCUUUUACUCAAGAAGUUCAAUAUAGCGUUUUGAGAAGAAAUGUGAGCAAGAUAGCUAUGCAAACAGGAUUUGAAUGUACAGAGCCCGUAGCUAUUAAUACACUUACUCAGAUUGCCGAGAGAUUCAUGAGUAAUCUUAUUAAAUCGUUGAAAUUGCAUUCUGAGUCUAGCUCUUCAAAUAGAUUAACGAGUCGCCAAAUAUUACUUCUUUCGCUUCUAGAGAAUGGAAUUCAGAAGCCCGAUGAUCUCUAUACAUUUGUUAGUGAAAGAAUUGUGAAACAACAGGAAAAGUUAAAGGCUUUGCGAACAAAUUUGUCUAAUUUUUUGAAAGAUUUGUUAAGACCAGGGUUAGAAACUUUCAAAGAGAACAACUUUGAAGAUAAUAGCGAACAGUUUGUUACAGGUGACUUUUCAAAUGAUAUUGGGGAUGAUUAUUUUGGUUUCAAGGAAUUAGGAUUAGAUAAAGAAUUCAAGCUAUUAAGUUCUUCUAUUCCUAUAAAUUUGUUGCAUUCAAGGCUACAGAAUUCGUACACGAAUAGUGAUAGCGUCACGAGGCAACAGAGAUAUGAAGAUUUAAUAGAGUUUGAGGUGCCGAGACUAACGGCUGCUGAUAUCGAUAAUCAAAUAGGUUUAUUAAAGUCGUUUUAUCAAAAGUUACUUGAAAAGUCAAAAACUCUUUUCAUAAAGAAUCAGAAAAAGAAAGGAGAAUCGACAGAAUUGCCUGAUCCCAACCUGCUCCUCUUGAUCGAAGAUGAAGAGUUACCCCAGAAACAGAGAAAUAUAAGACCGAGACUACCACCUACUGGUAAGAUUGCAUCCGUGAAAAAAAGAACUAUUGCAGGAUCUUUCUUUUUACCUGACGAUGAAGGUCUUAUAGAUCAGACUCACAAAGGAGAAUCUGCUAUGGUAUAG